CUCGGCGACCAGGUGACAGUAAUUUAUUAUUUAGUGACAGCACAAUGGACCAAGUGUAAUGAUGGACAUGUAUGCUCAGCUUCCCCAACCUAGAUGACCUAGUCCUAGUCCGAGUCGUUACACUUACAGACAGUAGAUCUACAUGUCACCGUCCACAGCAUUUUACUUGAAUGAAUGUUUUCUCUCCAGUCUCCAGCUAGCUGGCUCGUAUUUCAUCAUCCACAAAUACAUGGCAGCAGCUUGCCAAGAAACGCGGAUUAGAAUCGACUAGCGGGUUGAAAGAUGCAACGUAUCUAUGCAGUGCUAAUAGUUGCGUGGAGAACGAGCGACGCCGAGCUGCAAUGUUCCAUUUGACCUUUCUGGGAGCGUCUAUUCUCAGAUAUCUGGAGAGCCGGUGCCGGAAUGACGGCGAAGCGGACUCGACCGAUUGCGGGCGCGGGGGAGAGCGUGCAGUGGCCGUGAAGUCGACACAAAUUCAAUGUACGGGGCUAGGAGAGCCGUGUGACAGCGAUGUGAUUUCAUCUGAACAUGCUGCGUCGCAAGCAGGUGGGCAAGCCAGUGCUGAUGGUCAGUCGGCCACUAGGUGCAGAGCUGGGACGAGGCUGGGAAGAGGACGCAGGUUCGUGCGGACCAGCAUAAAUAACACAGACUGGGACGUUCCUGAUAGCUACGGAAAUCUCAAGUUAGUGGGAGCUGGCUCCUAUGGCCAAGUAUGCUCUGCGAUCAAUCACUCCACAAGCGAAACUAUUGCCAUCAAGAAGCUAUAUCGGCCGCUCGACUCCAAACUGCACAGCAAGCGUGCUCACAGAGAGCUUCAGCUGCUCGCUCACCUGCGCAGUGACCAGUCAAAUGUGAUUCGCCUGUUGGACGUCUUCACACCAAAUCAAUCAGCCGAGACGUUCAAAGACAUUUACUUGGUCAUGGAAUACAUGCCGACUGACCUGCACCGCAUCAUCGCCGCCCAGGCCCUGGAACCGCCGGCCUACCAGUUGAUCACCUAUCAGAUUCUCCGCGGACUGAACUUCAUUCAUUCGGCUGGAGUACUGCAUCGGGACUUGAAGCCCAGCAACAUUGCUCUCAACGAAGGACUGGUUGUCAAGAUUCUUGACUUUGGCCUGGCGCGUAUCAAGAGCUCCAGUGACAACGCAUGCAUGACCGGCUACGUGGCUACACGCUGGUAUCGGGCACCAGAAGUCAUGCUCCAGUGGGAGCACUACGGAAACACCGGAAAAAUGGAUCUAUGGUCGGUUGGUUGCAUCUUGGCGGAGAUGAUGACACGGGAGGUACUUUUCAAAGGUGGUAGUGAAAUGGACCAGAUUCGCCUGAUGGUGGACAUUCUCGGCAUCCCGGAGAAGUCCAUGAUGGACAAUCUAGAGCUGACGGCCCGGUCGUUUUUCGAGAAUCAAGCGCAUCGUGACAUCCCUCCGUUGGAAACACGCUUCCCUGGUGCUGAUCUAGCAGCGCUGGAUCUUCUGGGCAGCUUGCUGAAGUAUGAUCCCAGCGUGCGGCUAAGUGCAAAGGCUGCUCUGCAGCAUCACUACUUUCAGGAAAUCUUCAAUCAAGAAGACCUGAUGUGUGCACCCGUUAUCAAGAGCUCGCGCAUCGAUGAACUGGACUUGUCCUGUCAGCAGUGGAAAGGUCAGCUAUACAAAGAAUUGCUGGAGGCACAAGCCGUUCUUUGCAGUGACCGGUAGCGUUGCUGGUUCUCUCCUUGCGUCUGUCUUGACGCACUUGAACGUUAUAUUCUGCGAGUUCCUCGUGCCUCUAUCCUCUCUGCCGAAGAUCACAAUACCCUCCCUCAGAUACUUUGAAAUCGUGCAUUACUGGCUCUUAACUACCACCACUCAGAGUCCACUCCCCCCACCCCUUUUACUGAUUGGAUUUAUUUAUUUUGUACACUUGGCGCAUUCCAACAAAACUUGAUGGACAAUUCAGUCGGAGCCGUGCCAGUUUCUCUGCUUUUCAGAUUCCUGGUAGGUGCCGGCCUCUCUGGCCGCAGUGUUCCUCA